AUGGCGUUGGCUUUCGACGAGUUCGGAAGGCCAUUCAUAAUCCUCAGAGAGCAAGAAACGAAGAACAGGCUUCGAGGUCUCGAUGCUCAGAAAGCUAACAUCUCCGCCGGUAAAGCCGUCGCUCGUAUCCUCCGAACAUCUCUCGGUCCCAAAGGCAUGGACAAGAUGCUUCAGAGCCCCGACGGCGACGUCAUCAUCUCAAAUGAUGGAGCAACAAUAUUGGAACAGAUGGAUGUUGACAACCAGAUUGCGAAGCUGAUGGUGGAGUUGUCGAGGAGUCAAGACUAUGAAAUUGGUGAUGGUACUACCGGAGUUGUUGUGUUGGCUGGAUCUCUUCUUGAGCAAGCCGAGAGGCUUUUGGAACGUGGAAUUCACCCCAUUAGGAUUGCCGAGGGAUAUGAAAUGGCUUCCAGGAUUGCUGUUGAACAUCUGGAACAAAUUGCUAAUAAGUUUGAAUUCGGAGAAACUAUUUUGGAGCCUCUGAUUCAGACUUGUAUGACUACGCUGUCAUCCAAAAUUGUGAAUCGGUGUAAGCGUAGCUUGGCUGAGAUUGCUGUCAAAGCUGUUCUUGCUGUUGCUGAUCUAGAGAGAAAAGAUGUUAACUUGGAUCUAAUUAAAGUAGAAGGUAAAGUUGGUGGGAAAUUGGAGGAUACUGAGUUGGUGUAUGGAAUCAUUGUUGACAAGGAUAUGAGCCACCCUCAAAUGCCAAAGCAAAUUGUAGAUGCUAACAUUGCUAUAUUGACUUGCCCAUUUGAGCCCCCGAAGCCAAAAACAAAGCAUAAGGUUGAUAUUGACACAGUGGAGAAGUUUCAGACGUUAAGGAAUCAAGAACAGAAGUAUUUUGAUGACAUGGUUCAGCAAUGCAAGGAUGUAGGUGCAACCCUUGUUAUUUGCCAAUGGGGUUUUGAUGAUGAAGCAAAUCAUCUCUUGAUGCACAGGAACUUGCCAGCUGUUAGGUGGGUUGGUGGUGUUGAGUUGGAAUUGAUUGCUAUAGCAACAGGUGGAAGAAUUGUUCCUAGGUUCCAGGAGUUAACUGCAGAAAAGUUAGGAAAGGCUGGUAUCGUUAGAGAGAAAGCAUUUGGAACAACUAAAGACCGGAUGUUGUACAUUGAGCACUGUGCUAAUUCAAGGGCUGUAACAAUAUUCAUUCGUGGAGGUAACAAAAUGAUCAUUGAAGAGACAAAGCGCAGUAUUCACGAUGCACUAUGUGUGGCCAGGAAUCUUAUUCGCAAUAACUCAAUUGUGUAUGGUGGUGGUUCGGCUGAGAUUGCGUGCUCUAUUGCUGUUGAAGCAGCUGCUGACAAAUAUCCUGGAGUAGAACAGUAUGCCAUUAGAGCAUUUGGGGAUGCUUUGGAAUCUAUCCCUAUGGCCCUUGCUGAAAAUAGUGGUCUCCAACCAAUUGAAACAUUAUCUGCAGUGAAGUCUCAACAAAUAAAGGAUAAUAAUCCUCACUUUGGCAUUGAUUGCAAUGAUGUUGGCACAAACGACAUGCGGGAGCAAAAUGUCUUUGAAACUUUGAUAGGAAAGCAGCAACAGAUAUUGCUUGCUACUCAAGUUGUCAAGAUGAUAUUGAAAAUUGAUGAUGUUAUUUCUCCAUCUGAGUACUAG